CAGCCUCCCCCCGGCCCCCCGCUCCCGCCGCCUCCCCGGGUCAGCCCCCAACCCGCCCCCCCGCUGCCCCCGGCCCCUGCACCCCGGCGCGCCCGGUCCCGCUCUGGGGGGGUUGGUGGCUUCGCUUUGCCAUGAGUUUACCGCAGAAACCGGCUCUGAAAUCAGGCUCAGCGGCUGCAGCAGGAACCGGACCCGGCACCGGAGCGGCGGCGGCGGCGGCGGCAGCAGCGGUACCGCCUCCUCACCCGGCGGCGGCAGCAGCAGCGGCGGCGGCGGCGGCGGCGGCAGCAGCAGCGGCCCCUCCUCACCCGAACAUCAGGGCCCUCCAGACCCAGGCGCCCCAACAAAUUCCUAGAGGACCUGUGCAACAGCCUCUUGAGGACCGAAUCUUCACUCCUACUGUCUCAGCAGUCUACAGCACGGUAACACAAGUAGCAAGACAGCCGGGACCCCCUGCCCCUUCCCCUUACUCAGCACAUGAAAUAAACAAGGGGCAUCCAAAUCUUGCAGCAACGCCCCCGGGACAUGCAGCGUCCCCUGGACUCUCUCAAACCCCUUAUCCCUCUGGACAGAAUGCAGGUCCAACCACGUUGGUAUACCCUCAAGCCCCUCAGACAAUGAAUUCACAGCCUCAAACCCGUUCUCCGCCCAGCAGAACAGUGCCAAUACAUUGCACAGACAACUGGAAGAGGAGGAAGGUUUUGGAACAGACUCCCGUUUACAGGUCCUUGGCUGGAAGAGGCUGGAUAAAAUACUGCAUUUUUGCAGCGGGGCCUCGACCUGCCCAUCAUCAGGGAGGAUUCAGACCCAUUCAGUUUUUCCAGAGGCCUCAAAUUCAGCCUCCUCGAGCCACCAUCCCAAACAGCAGUCCUUCCAUUCGUCCUGGUGCACAGACGCCCACUGCAGUGUACCAGACCAAUCAGCACAUCAUGAUGGUUAACCAUCUGCCUAUGCCAUACCCAGUACCCCAGGGUCCUCAGUACUGCAUACCACAGUACCGUCAUAGUGGCCCUCCUUAUGUUGGGCCUCCACAACAAUACCCAGUUCAGCCACCAGGGCCGGGUCCUUUUUAUCCUGGACCAGGACCUGGGGACUUCCCUAAUGCUUAUGGAACGCCUUUUUACCCAAGUCAGCCAGUUUAUCAGUCAGCACCUAUCAUAGUGCCUACACAGCAACAGCCCCCUCCAGCCAAAAGAGAGAAAAAGACUAUAAGAAUUCGAGAUCCAAACCAGGGAGGUAAAGACAUAACAGAGGAGAUUAUGUCUGGAGGUGGAAGCAGAAAUCCCACUCCACCUAUAGGGAGACCCACAUCCACACCCACUCCUCCUCAGUUUUUAUGUUCGCAUGCUCAUUAUCACCCUUUUUUGUACUUCAAAUCCCAGCAGCUGCCCAGCCAAGUCCCUGAGCACAGCCCUGUGGUUUAUGGGACUGUGGACAACGCUCAUCUUGCUGCCAGCACCCCUGUCACUGCAGCUAGCGACCAGAAGCAAGAAGAGAAGCCAAAACCAGAGCCAGUGUUAAAGUCUCCUUCCCCCAUCCUUAGGCUAGUCCUUAGUGGGGAGAAGAAGGAACAAGCAGGCCAGACAGCAGAGACUACCACCAUAGAAUCCAUACCAGAGCAUCCUCUGCCUCCAUCACCUACCACCGUUUCUUCAGUUGCUCGAAGUACAGUUGCUUCCCCCACUUCUGCUGUUCUUAGUAGCCAACCAAUAUUCACCACUGCUUUAGAUGACAGAUGUGAACUCCCUUCCUCAAAAGAAGAUACAGUUCUCACUCCCAGCCCUGCAUCUUGCACAGAAACAUCAGACCCAUCACCAACAGAUGAAAUUGACAGUAAUAUAUGCAAGAAACCCUGUAGUGUAGUAUCUAAUGAUAUUCCACUGAUUUCUAGUGCUAACCUAAUUAAUGAAAUGAAUGGAAUUAGUGAAAAGUUACCAGCCACAGAGAGCAUUGUGGAAAUAGUAAAACAAGAAGUAUUGCCAUUGACUCUUGAAUUGGAGAUUCUGGAAAAUCCCCCAGAAGAAAUGAAAGUGGAGUGUAUUCCAGCUCCCAUCACCCCUUCCACAGUUCCUUCAUUUUCUCCUGCUUCUCCAGCUCCUCCAGCUUCUCCCCCGCCCCCUCCUGUCAUUGUUCCUGCUGCUGCCUCUGCUGUGACUACUCCGAGUGCUCCCACUGCAGGCCAGAGAGUCUUAGAAGAGGAAGAAGGUGUAAGAACUUGCCUUAGUGAAGAUUCAAAAGAAAUUCCAAACAAAGUAGAGGUAGAAGCAGAUGGACAAACAGAAGAAAUUACAGAUUCUCAGAACUUAAAUUCAAGAAAGAGUCCUACCCCAGCUCAAACAGUUAUGACUGCACCAAAGAUGUGGAAGAAACCAAAAGAUCGGACCCGAACCACUGAUGAGGUGUUAGAGGCAGAAUUGGAGCCUAAAGCUGAAGAGCUUUCAAUUGACAGAGUACUUGAAUCUGAACAAGAGAAAAUGAGCCAAGGGCUUCAUCUUGAGAAAGACCCCUCUGACCUAAAAAAAGUGAAAAGUUUAGAAGAAAAUGGAGAAGAAACUGAGCCUUUGCGUAACGGUGCCGAGAGUAUUUCUGAGGGUGAAGGGGGAGAUGCUAAUUCAGGCUCCACUGACAGUUCUGGUGAUGGGAUCACAUUUCCAUUUAAACCAGAAUCCUGGAAACCUUCUGAUACUGAGGGCAAGAAGCAAUAUGACAGGGAGUUUCUGCUGGACUUCCAGUUCAUGCCAGCCUGUAUACAGAAACCAGAGGGCCUGCCUCCCAUCAGUGAUGUGGUUCUUGACAAGAUCAACCAACCCAAAUUGCCAAUGCGAACUCUGGAUCCUCGAAUUUUACCUCGAGGACCAGAUUUUACUCCGGCCUUUGCAGAUUUUGGAAGGCAACCACCUGGUGGAAGAGGUGUACCUAUUUGCAAAGUGCAGAGCAGGCAUGGAUUGCCAAUUCUGGAACAGAGCAAAGCCCCAAGUUGCACUCCACUGGCGAUUGCACACCCACCCCUGAAGAGCCUGCCUCUAGGGUUAUUGAACGUUGGGCCACGGAGGUCUCAACCUGGACAGAGAAGGGAGCCCAGGAAGAUCAUCACCGUUUCUGUAAAAGAAGAUGUGCACUUAAAGAAGGCAGAGAAUGCCUGGAAGCCCAGCCAAAAACGAGAUAGCCAAGCUGAGGAUCCUGAAAACAUCAAAACCCAGGAACUUUUUAGAAAAGUUCGAAGUAUCUUAAAUAAAUUGACACCACAGAUGUUCAACCAACUGAUGAAGCAAGUGUCAGGACUUACCGUUGACACAGAGGAGCGGCUGAAAGGAGUCAUUGACCUGGUCUUUGAGAAGGCUAUUGAUGAACCCAGUUUCUCUGUGGCUUAUGCAAACAUGUGUCGAUGUCUAGUAACGCUGAAAGUACCCAUGGCAGACAAGCCUGGCAACACAGUAAAUUUCCGGAAACUGCUACUGAACCGCUGCCAGAAGGAGUUUGAAAAGGAUAAAGCAGAUGAUGACGUCUUUGAGAAGAAGCAGAAAGAACUGGAAGCUGCCAGUGCUCCAGAAGAGAAGACGAGGCUUCACGACGAACUGGAAGAAGCCAAGGACAAAGCCCGGCGAAGAUCUAUUGGUAACAUCAAGUUUAUUGGAGAACUCUUCAAACUCAAAAUGCUGACUGAAGCCAUUAUGCAUGACUGUGUGGUGAAACUGCUCAAGAACCACGAUGAAGAAUCCCUGGAGUGCCUGUGUCGCCUACUCACCACCAUUGGCAAAGACCUGGACUUUGAGAAAGCGAAGCCGCGUAUGGACCAGUACUUUAAUCAGAUGGAGAAAAUUGUGAAAGAAAGAAAAACCUCAUCUAGGAUUCGAUUCAUGCUUCAAGAUGUGAUAGACCUAAGGCUGUGUAAUUGGGUAUCUCGAAGAGCAGAUCAAGGGCCUAAAACUAUUGAACAGAUUCACAAAGAGGCCAAAAUAGAAGAACAAGAAGAGCAGAGGAAGGUCCAACAGCUCAUGACCAAAGAGAAGAGAAGACCAGGUGUCCAGAGAGUGGAUGAAGGUGGGUGGAACACUGUACAGGGGGCCAAGAACAGUCGAGUACUAGACCCCUCAAAAUUCCUGAAAAUCACUAAGCCUACAAUUGAUGAGAAAAUUCAACUGGUACCUAAAGCUCAGCUGGGCAGCUGGGGAAAAGGCAGCAGUGGUGGAGCAAAGGCAAGCGAGACAGAUGCCUUAAGGUCAAGUGCUUCCAGUUUAAACAGAUUCUCUGCUCUGCAACCUCCAGCACCCUCAGGGUCCACAUCAAACACAUCUUUAGAGUUUGAUUCCCGAAGGGCUUUAACCAGUCGUGGAAGCAUGGGCAGGGAGAAGAAUGACAAGCCCCUUCCAUCUGCAACAGCUCGUCCAAACACUUUCAUGAGGGGCGGCAGCAGUAAAGACCUGUUAGACAAUCAGUCGCAAGAAGAGCAGCGGAGGGAAAUGCUGGAGACCGUGAAACAGCUAACGGGAGGCGUGGACCUGGAGAGGAGCAGCAUCGAGGUCGAUCGAAACAAAACUAGGGAGUCAGCAGUGAAACCAGACAUUUCAACAGUGUCUGCCUCUGACAAGCCUGCAUUGUCAGAAGAGGAGAUGGAGAGGAAGUCCAAAUCUAUCAUUGAUGAAUUUCUACAUAUUAACGAUUUUAAGGAAGCCAUGCAGUGUGUGGAAGAGCUGAGUGCCCAGGGCCUGCUACAUGUUUUCGUGAGAACGGGAGUGGAGUCCACCCUCGAGAGGAGCCAGAUCACCAGGGAUCACAUGGGCCAAUUGCUCUAUCAGCUCGUACAGUCAGAAAAACUCAGCAAACAGGACUUUUUCAAAGGUUUUUUAGAAACCUUGGAAUUGGCAGAUGACAUGGCCAUUGAUAUUCCCCAUAUAUGGUUAUACCUUGCUGAACUGGUGACCCCCAUGUUAAAAGAAGGUGGAAUCUCUAUGAGAGAAGUUAUCAUAGAAUUUAGCAAACCUUUACUUCCUGUUGGAAGAGCUGGGGUCUUGCUUUCUGAAAUAUUGCACCUUCUAUGCAAACAAAUGAGCCAUAAGAAAGUGGGCGCCUUAUGGAGGGAGGCUGAUCUCAGCUGGAAGGACUUUUUACCAGAAGGGGAAGAUGUACAUAAUUUUCUCUUGGAGCAGAAGUUGGACUUUAUAGAGUCUGACAGUUCCUGUUCCUCUGAAGCACUUUCAAAGAAAGAACUCUCUGCUGAAGAACUGUAUCAGCGGCUUGAGAAACUCAUUAUUGAGGACAAAGCAAAUGAUGAACAGAUCUUUGACUGGGUAGAGGCUAAUCUAGAUGAAAACCAGAUGAGUUCACCUACAUUCCUUAGAGCUUUAAUGACAGCCGUUUGUAAAGCAGCUAUAAUAGCUGACUGUUCUACCUUCAGAGUGGACACUGCUGUUAUCAAGCAGAGAGUGCCGAUCUUACUCAAGUACCUAGACUCAGAUACAGAGAAGGAACUGCAAGCACUUUAUGCACUACAAGCAUCAAUAGUAAAACUUGAUCAACCUGCCAAUUUGCUACGAAUGUUUUUUGAUUGCCUGUAUGACGAGGAGGUGAUCUCUGAGGAUGCCUUCUACAAAUGGGAGAGCAGCAAGGACCCUGCAGAGCAGAAUGGGAAGGGCGUGGCCCUGAAAUCUGUCACUGCGUUUUUCACAUGGCUGCGGGAAGCAGAAGAGGAGUCUGAGGAUAACUAAAACUUCAAAUACACAAACGAAACAAAAGAAACAAUUUAAGUAUUUUUUUAAAAAGUUUCACGUCUUCGCCAAUCACAGUGCAGCAAGGCCAAUUCUCGCAGAAAUCCCCACGUGUGCACGAGUGGGAGAGGGGAAAGAGAAAAAAGGUGAUCAUGGAGGAAAAAGGUACUGGAAACAAGUAAACUUCCAACCUGAGGGCGGGAGCACUAAAACCAAAAUACAUGUAUUAUUUAUAGAAAAUAUUUUCUGUUUUAAUCUUUUCUUUUUAAACGAGGACUCAUACUUAAAAAACACAUUUAGCAAAAAAAAAAAAAAAAAAAAAAAAAAAAAGUUGAGACUUUUAAUUUAUUUUAAGGACUGCAAAUGCCAGUGUGUAAUUUUUUAAUUUGCAGUUUCUGUAAACAACUUGUAUAAUAGAAAAGCAGAGAAAUAAACGUCCCUUCCCUUCA